AUGCGUCUCCACCUGACAAUCCAGCGUCACGGCUUGCCGGUGACACGCAUUCUCUGGACAACAUCGCCUCACUCUCCAUUCGGUCACAGUGCGUCCAAUGGCUCCCCCAUGAUACCCGCGGCCGCAUCCGCAAUCACUUCGACGCGCAUACCCAAUGCGCUAUAUUCCAACGGAGGAUACACAUUUGCACAGUUGCUGGAGGAUGUGAACGAGGUCAUUCCCUUGGAGACGGAAUCAGCCCAGUUUGACGACGAGUGCAGCGGACAGUGGGGCUUGGAAGAUUAUGUGGUCGAAGUGGGUGGCUCAGAGUGCCUACAUUUCAUGGAGGUGGACGGCCUACUGCGCGAUGGCGAUGAGGUUCUAAUCCGUGCUUUGCAAAUUGAAGACCUUCGAGCGAGGCGACUGUCUGGUCGCCAUCAAAUCUCCGGCGAUGGCAAACACCUCAUCGAUGGCGUUCCCUUCGGAAAGCCUUUUCUGAAAAGACCUACAGCAUCACGACCUGCGAUUACGAUUCCGCCCAGAAAGAAACGACGGACCACGAUUGCUGGAUGGGACUACGGUGUACGCUACGAUGAUGACGCGGACUGGGAACCAUCCAAUCGGCUGCUUUCCAAUCCUGAAGUUGAUGUGCUUAAAAGCAGCGGUGGUUCCGCAGGCAAGAAAUCGGAACGAAAUGGGACUGAGCUUCAGGAUGACUUUAGGGAUUAUCACGAACCUGAAGAGGACGGCGACGGAACUGUCAUCCGUCACCCCGUUCAUGAUAUGGAUCAAGAAUCGGAGAGUGAUUCUGAUAUGUCCGAUAUUCAGGAGGGUGAGCUUGACGAGGAGUUGAAGGCUCUUGCAGAAGAUUUGGAACUUCCUCCCAUGCACAACCCUGAAGACCAUGCCAAUCAGCAAAGAGAUUCUGUAGCCCAAUCUCUUCGCUCGAAACCUAGAGCGCCCUCGACGACACCAAAGAAGGAUGCACCAAAGGACAGCCAUAGCACCUCAACCGCAGCUGGCUCACGAAGGGAAUCAAAAGUGGUUCAAUUUCAGGAUCAGAAAGCGGCAUCGUCGACCCUGGAGCCUGAAAACACGCCUGCGGGCAAGGCGAGAUCUCCCUCCAUAAGCUCGGCCGCCUCUGUCUCAGAUGACAGCGACAGUAGCUCGUCCGCGAGCGACUCCAGUGAUACGAGUGAAUCCACCUCAGAUGAAGAUUCAUCUUCCGACUCGGAUGUUUCGCCAUCGGACUCGGACGAGUCAGACGAUUCAGACGAUGAGUCCACUUCGGAUUCUGAUGAUUCAAGCGCAUCAGAGUCAGAGGAUGAGGAGGUUUCCGAUUCGAAUACUAGCGUUGAUGCAACCAUGAAGAACGCUCCACCCGGAGCAGGAUCUUUAAGGACCAAAAAAAGCAAUCAACGUAAUAAGAUGCGUCGACGAUUGGCCAAGCUCAAGGAACUUGGCGCCUUGCCUGCACAAGCUGAUUUUGCGGCCCUGCGCGAAUGGGAGGACGUGCAUGGACGCGAGUACUAUGUCACUGAAACCAAACCCGAACCCAGGUCCGCAACGAAACUUGAAGCCAAACCUGAAGUCAAUCCCAAAACCCGACGUGACAAAAAGGAGCAAGAGCGCGCAGAAUUUGAAGCAAGACGGCAGAAGCUGCUCCAGGAUCUGGCAGCUGGCGGCGUCGACGUGUCUGUAACUUCGGAAAAGGAGAAUGUGCCGCCUUCUGGUGAAAACACUCACAAGAGACAGCCUGCAACGGGCACGUCCCUGGAUGUUGUCCAAGACACUGAAAUGUCCAAGAGGCGUAGCCUGGAUGUAGCCAGCUCUCGGCGAAUGCUAUUUGGCUCUCUUGGGGUGAGAACCCCGCAUAGCAAGGAAGACGAAGAAGCGACGCGGAAGAAGCUCGCUGCGAAGAACAAUAGCAUCCCGCCUCGCAAGAUUGUGAGCGAGGCUGGAGAGAGUGAGAAUGGAAGUGAUGCGGAGAAUAACUGGGACGAAAAAUUGACCAUCAGAGCUACCGAGUGUAUUCACGAUGACAUCGAGCUCACAGCGCCGCCUUUCCCGUUCGAGCAACGCUGGGAUCAAGAUGCCGGCGAUAUCAUCAGACAACGUAAAGGCUGGGGCAAAAAGAGGAAGCGUCGCCAACAGCUUCAAGUCUAUGAUGCGGGAGAGGAAGAGUAUGGAAACUGGGAGGACAGUUACUUUGACGGAGACGAUCGCCUCAAUUACGAUGACACGGAGCAGCACAACGGGGACUACGGGACAGGAUAUGAGGUGGAGGAGACAGCUGAAGAUCUGCCUCUUCUGCCGGCCAAUCCCUCUACUCUUCCGGAUCUUUCAGAGAAGCACCUACAGCGGGCUUCUAUCAUUGCUUUCAAGCAAUUGGAUCUGUCCAAGGCCACAAAUUGGCAACCCACCGUGUCUGAGUAUCGGGUUGCUGAGAUACAUGACGUAUACGAAGACAACAUCCUCAAGAUUAGGCUCGCCAAGCGCGACAGAAGACAAAUCGCCGAGGUCGACCCGGAUGAGGCCGGGGACGAUAAACCAUAUUACAGCGGAUUUGAGAUGCCUGGCCUCGAAGACGAGGAGGCAGAGGACGAUGGCUUCCGAGAGCUUUCCUUUGCCGACUUCAUUGAACCCAAGCUUCUCCGAGCUGCGCCUGCUGCGCCUGCUGCAGGACCUGGGGAUGCUGAGAAACCCAGCAUGUCAACGCUCACCCGACCAAGCUCCCCCGCAGCCGAGGAGCCCGUCAUACCAAAUAUCACCAGUCCGGCGCGAAGUGAAGUCACGGCCGUGCGCGAUGGCGACGAAGAUGGUCAGCGAUCAGCCCCCACUGUGGGAGAAAAGCCGGCUGACUCGGGACUUGAUAAGCCUUCCCUCCAGGAGAUAAUACACUCCGUGGGGAAUCUUGCAGGCGAUUCCAGCCCCGUUCAGUCCCCCCAGUUUCUCGGAUUCCAGUCUCCCGACCUCGCUCCCCCGACCCGUUGCGUCGACGAGGCCUCGGGCUCGGUAUCCAAAGUUACCGCCGACGCCGAACCAACCCCCGAUGGCGGUGCUGACCGUCAACCCGACGUGCCUUUACCUCGAAUCAAGACAUCCCCCCGCACUCUGCGUUCCACGCAACCCCCUGAAGGUGUCGGCCAGGCGCCUGCCGCCGAUGGCUCCGAUGACGACCUCCAGAUGAUCAGUAGUCCGCUCAGCGUGUUGUCCUUCAAUCAGCUGAUGAGCCAAUACUUUCCUGUCAAGCGGGAGGGAAACGAUUCUCCGCCUUCUAAUCAGCAAGUGCGAGGCGAAAAGCGCCGACCGUGCUCGCGGUCGUCGACGAGUUCGAUGGUACCGAAUCCGCUCUUCGAGAUCGACAGGGCUCGGGAGGCAGAUGGGCCCGAGCACUUCUCUCAGAAAUCGGAAGGCGUUGGGGCCGCGGCUGAUACUACAAUGGAGCUUCAAUCUCUGAUGGGAUCGUCUUCCACGCCACCGUCAGGCCAGCGAUCGUCGCCGAAGAAGUCUAAGUGGCAGGGCACGGAGGAAUCCUCCCUAUUCAGUGUUGUUCCAGACAGCAUGGUUCCGGCGGUGGUGCCACCCCGGAGAUCCCCCGAAGCACCAGAGCCCGGGCCCAUUGUGGUGGAUCUCACACAGUCCAGCCCCCCGGUGUCGCCCGGAGGCAGUGACAAGGAUUUUGGCCGAUCGCAGCGACUGCCGCAAGGGCUUGGGUCGGUGCAAAAACAUGUACCUCCCACGCAACGCCACACCCGGCAGUCGCUGGGAAGGCUGCGUGGGCAGUCAGGAGAGGAGAGUGGUGAUAGCUAUGUAUACUAA